AUGUUUAUCAUAAAAAUUGUCUUCGCAAAGCAUGGGAUCGCGGAGACCCUCGUCAGCGACAAUGAACCGCAAUUUUCGUCGGCAGAGUUCAAAGCCUUCUCCCAGAGUUACGGCUUCUCCUACAUCACCAGGAGCCCCAGGUACCCGCAUUCCAAAGGCGACGUCGAGCGGAUGGUGCGGACUGUAAAGAAACUUUUCAAGAAUUCUCCAGACUGCCCCUCGGCCCUCUUGUCAUACCGUAACGCACCUGGCCUGACCGCGUACAGCCACGCUCAUCCGCUCAUGGAGCGCAGCCUCAGGACUCGCCUUCCGGUCCCACCAGCUACGUUGCUUCCAGGAUCCCCUCACGACACCGAUUUCCAAGUACGCGACACUGCCCAACGACGUUGCCAGCGUCAAGAUUUUGACCGUCGACAUUGGGUGAGAGGGGCCGAGUCUGGAUUCGCGACGCAGAAUGUGCUGGCACCGCCUUAG